AUGGUUGUGGUGGCGUGUCCCAACUCGUCGCUCGUCGACGUGCACAUCGAUCCGGACCGCAUCCCGUCCACCUCGAAACACGACUAUGCUUCAGCCUAUUCCCGUAUUCGCUCAGCAGCCCGUGCGGCAGGGCCUGGCGUGUCGAGCGUGCUCAUCCUCAGCUCGCCCGACGUCGACUCUGUAUGCGCUACACGCAUCCUCACCUCGCUUUUGCUGCAAGACGACAUCCCGCACAGGAUUGUACCCGUCGAAGGAUACCGGUCGCUGCUCAACACGCUGUCCGCCGUGUUUCCGGCACUCGAUGAGGACAGCGUUGCAGCCGCGUUGCCUUCGAGCUCAACAUCGACGACAGAUGUUCGCUCGGUGAUCUUUGUCAAUCUCGGAGCGGUGCUUAGUCUGCCGACGACGUUCAACAUCCCAGCCAGUUGUACCAUUCAUGUGAUCGAUUCGCAUCGGCCCUGGAACUUGGAGAAUCUGUUUGCCACGAGUCAUGCCAACGACAGGGUGUGGUGCUGGGACGAUGGCGAGAUUGCCACCAAGCUGUGCAGACAGGGCGGCGAGAGGGAUGCCUUCGAGAAACUCGAGUUUGAUGUCGAAUCGGAUAGUGAAGAAGACGAUUCGAACAGCGAUGAUGACGGCGAGUCAGCGCACAGCGACGACGAUAAUGAUGAUGAUGAUGAUGAUGAUAAUCAAGAUGGUCCAGGCAAACGAAAACGGUCCUUCCGCUCCCCUUCGCCGCGCAACAACGGCACCAGCACCAAAAGACGGCACCGCCAGCGCUCGCCUUCCAGCAUACGCCUAAGCAACGCUGAACGCCAUCGAUACCGCAACGUGCUGACCCGCUACUACAACCGAGGCGAGAGCUUCGGCAUGUCUGCCUCGUCCAUGCUCUAUCUCCUCUGCGAAGCCCUCGGUCGCGCCGAUCGCGAAUCGCUCUGGCUCGCCAUCGUCGGCCUCACCUCGCUGUACCUCUCCAACAGCAUCGACUUUGAGACGUACGAAACCUACUCGUCCGCGUACGCCUCGGAAGUCAUCGCCAUGGAGCCCUCCUCCUCCCACGGACCCACCGAAGCGUGGUCCCUCGACCUGCUCUCCAGCAAGGACAAGGACGACACUGCUUCGGGGAGACCCAACACCGCCGCCACACGCGCGCAUGACCGCGCGCUGCGCGUGGGCAUCUCGCAAAACACAAAGUCCGAAGACGCAGACGACCGCUCCAUCCGCAUCAUCCCUGCCGAACUGCGGUUCACGCUCUACCGCCACUGGAGCCUCGAGACGGCCAUGUACCAUACCGCGUACGUUGCGGCCAAGUUGGGCGUGUGGCGCGAGCGCGGCCUGUCCAAGCUGCGGGGGCUCAUGGCCAAGAUGGGCUUCUCCCUUACGGCGGUGCGGCAGAACUACACGCACAUGCCGCUGGAUCUGCGCCGGAGCCUGGUGCGCAAGCUCGAGGCAAUCGCGCCCGAGUAUGGACUGACUGAGCUGACCUAUCGCGGGUUCGAGCGGUCUUUGGGGUUCCGCACUGCGCCAUUGGGUGCCGCGGAUGUGGUCGAGGGCGUCUCGGCGCUGUUGGUCGCAGCGCACGGCGUCAAGAUCGAAGUCGAAACGCCAGGCAUGGUGUUUGCUUCGGCCACGUCGAGUGGAGCACACGGGGGCCCGUUGAACAACAGCUUUGCGGCCAACUUGAAUCCGGCCAACCCGCACGCGCAGACGUCGGAACUGUUUGCCACCAAACGCGUCUGGAGCCUGGGGACGACGCUGACGGACUCGAUCACCUCUGCAGUUGCCGCCACCGCCGCGGGCUCGGCGAGCAACGCCACGGGCGCGAAUGCCGGGCUGGACCUCGAAGCCGUCGCGUCCCAGGCAGCAGCAGGCGGGGGCAGUGCCGAGGAGAUGGCAAACCUGGAAGCUGCCGAACGUCGCGUAUGGACGACCAACUUUUACGAAGCCUACCGCGCGCUCGACUUUACGCGCUCUGCGUCGGUCGAUCUGCUGCGCUCCUCGCUGCUGCUGUCCCAGGCACUGCACCGCAAGAUCGUCGCGCGCGGCAUCUCAUUGAUCACGAACCAGAGCAUUCGGACGCUCAAGAACUUCCGGCUGGCCAUCCUCAAGGACGGUGCGGACCUGGACCUCUUCACCCACGUAGACGUGCUCCUGCGCCUGGCCAACUGGCUCACCACCAGCCUGCGCGACAUCAUCGUCGACCAGCAGCAGCAGCUACACCAGCGCAAAGGCGCACCGGUCUACGCCCCGCUGCCGUUCAUCCUCGCGGCACUGCACCCGGCCAAGGACAGCUUCUUGGUCGUCGGCACUACGGGCGCUGCCGUCCACGGUCUCGUCGAAAACAACCACUUCACCGCUGCCUUCCAGCACGCGGCAAAGAUGAGCGGCGCCAGAGUUCGACAUGACAGAUUCCAGACGUACAGCAUCCAGGUCAGGAAGAGUGAUCUCGCCGGUUUCGUCGAGAAGGUGCAUUUGAAGAUCAAGUAG